GGAUAAUGGAUGUUUUCAGUCUGUCCACCCCUCACUACCCUUGUACUGCCGUCGCUUUCGCCGGUAAAAACCGCGAAAACAGCACCUCCACGUCCACCACUUCACUAGCCUUCUCUCGAGGAGCACCGCCGCCGCAACCACGACGACCAACACUGCAGCCAGAACCCAAGAAUAGCAACAGCAACGACAAAUCCGCUAGCUCUACUUCUCUUUCCUCGGUCUCCAAAACUCUGAAAAAUCCUCUGAAGAAUCUAGUUAACACCUCCUACGCUCCCUCCCCUCCUCCCACCAAGAAUGACAUCUCGCUAUCCGCCAGAUUACGACUCUCCAGCAAGCUUAACCCUCCGCCACCACCACCACCACCACCGCCGCCGCAAAUUCAAACCCUAGAAAUAAAUAUACAGGAGGAAGAGAGCGAUGAAAGUGAAAUUGAGGAAAAUGAAGUACCAGAAACCGAAUUCCGGCAAGUGGGCAAAAUCUUUGUGGGGAAUUUACCUACCUGGAUAAAGAAACAUGAGGUGACCGAGUUUUUUCGACAAUAUGGGCCCAUAAAGAAUGUAAUCCUGAUCAAAGGGCACAACGAUACUGAGAGGAAUGUAGGUUUUGGGUUUGUGAUAUAUGAUGGGGCAACGGCUGAGAAAUCGGCGAUGAACGCCGUUGAGUUUGAUGGGGUGGAGUUCCAUGGUAGGGUACUGACGGUGAAGCUGGAUGAUGGAAGGCGGUUAAAGGAAAAGACGGAGGAGAGGAUGCGGUGGGUUGAGGGAGACGAUCGUGUAGAGCAUCCGUCAAAGUGGCAUGAGGAAAGAGACCAUUCGAGGAAGGUGUUCCGGCAGGUACUGGAGACUGAGCCAGAUAAUUGGCAAAAGGUUGUUACUGCUUUCGAAAGUAUCAAGAAGCCUUCCAGAAGAGAAUUUGGGUUGAUGGUGACUUAUUAUGCAAGAAGAGGAGAUAUGCAUCGUGCACGCCAAACUUUUGAGAGCAUGCGGGCAAGGGGAAUAGAGCCAAACUCUCAUGUUUACACAAACCUUAUUCACGCUUAUGCAGUUGGUAGAGACAUGGAAGAAGCGUUAUCCUGUGUCAGGAAAAUGAAGGAAGAGCACAUUGAAAUGAGCUUGGUAACUUAUAGUAUACUUGUGGGGGGAUUUGCCAAAAUGGGUAAUGCGGAAGCUGCAUAUCGGUGGUUUGAGGAGGCGAAAGAGAGGCAGUCAACAUUAAAUGCGAUCAUUUAUGGAAGUAUAAUUUAUGCUUACUGUCAAGCAUGCAAUAUGGAUCAAGCUGAAGCAUUGGUGAGAGAGAUGGAAGAAGAAGGUAUAGAUGCUCCUAUUGACAUAUAUCACACCAUGAUGGAUGGUUAUACUAUGAUUGGCAAUGAAGAGAAAUGUCUGAUUGUGUUUGAAAGGCUCAAGGAAUGUGGAUUUACGCCUACAGUAUUUACUUACGGAUGUCUUAUCAAUUUAUACACUAAGAUUGGUAAAGUCACCAAGGCCUUAGAGGUUAGCAAUAUGAUGAAGUUGAAUGGAAAUAAGCAUAACGUGAAGACAUACUCCAUGUUGAUCAAUGGAUUUUGCAAGUUGAAAGAUUGGACGAAUGCAUUCACUAUUUUUGAAGAUCUUGUAAAAGAUGGUUUGAAGCCUGAUGUGAUUCUCUAUAAUAACAUAAUUAAAGCAUUUUGCGGUAUGGGCAACAUGGAUCGUGCCAUCCAGACUGUCAAGUGUAUGCAGAAGGAGAGGCAAAGGCCUACUUCACGUUCAUUUUUACCUAUCAUACAUGGAUAUGCAAGAGCUGGUGACAUGGGCAAGGCAUUGGAGACCUUCAAUGUGAUGAGACAGAGUGGAUGCAUUCCAACUGUCCACACUUUCAAUGCUUUGAUUCUUGGUCUUGUCGAGAAGCGUCAGAUGGAGAAGGCUGUUAAAAUAUUGGAUGAGAUGGAACAUGCAGGAAUAAGUCCGAGUGAACACACAUAUACGACCAUUAUGCAUGGUUAUGCAUCAUUGGGUGAUACUGGUAAAGCAUUUGAGUAUUUCACUAAAUUGAGAAAUGACGGCUUAGAGCUUGAUGUGUACACGUAUGAGGCCCUGCUAAAGGCAUGCUGCAAGGCGGGAAGGAUGCAAAGUGCUUUAGCUGUGACAAAAGAAAUGAGUGCCCAGAACAUACCAAGAAACACCUUUGUUUAUAAUAUUUUAAUUGAUGGAUGGGCCAGGAGGGGUGAUGUUUGGGAGGCAGCUGACCUGAUGCAACAAAUGAAAAAAGGAGGAGUUCAACCUGAUAUCCAUACUUACACAUCUUUUAUAAACGCUUGUUGUAAAGCUGGAGACAUGCUGAGAGCAACAAGAACAGUGGAAGAAAUGAAAUCCGGUGGAGUGAAACCAAAUGUUAAAACAUACACUACGCUGAUACAUGGGUGGUCACGUGCGUCUCUUCCGGAAAAAGCUUUAAGAUGUUUCAAUGAGAUGAAGGUGGCUGGUCUAAAGCCAGACAGAGCUGUAUAUCAUUGCUUGAUGACUUCUUUGCUGUCAAGGGCUACUGUUGCUGAAUCAUACAUCUACUCCGGGGUUCUUUCCAUCUGUAAAGAGAUGGUAGACUCUGGGUUCGCUGUAGAUAUGGGUACUGCAGUUCACUGGUCCAGGUGUUUACGAAGGAUCGAGAGGACGGGUGGCCUGCUAACGGAAGCAUUACAGAAAACCUUCCCUCCUGAUUGGAGCUCAUACCAUACCCUUGGUAUAACAUCCGAACGAGAAGCUGAACAUGAAUCUGAUAGUAACUGUGAUGAUGAUGAUGUACAUUUUGCUGACAGUGAUGAGGACAAUGAGGAUGAAGAUGAAAAUUUCAAUGGCAGAUUAUUAGCUUAAGUAUCAUUGAGAGAGAGAUUUAUUGAUAUACGUGGUAUUAUUCAUGUAACUUUUGGUGUCAACUAUUAUGGUAAAUGACAGAGGUAGUUUCAAUCCUUAAUGUUGUCAAUGUAUCCAAAUUCCAUUGUUCAUGAUUCUUGAAACUCCAUGUUGUAAAUAUAUGAAGUAGAAAUUCAAUUCUUUGUUUAUGCUGA